AGACAGACGCUGAUGAUUAUGCAGAACAACAAACACCAGCAUAGGAUAUGGCAGCCUCUCUAGGACCUGCUCACCAAUUCCUAGCGCCAAAACAUUCCCACAUACAUCAUGCCUUUCUCAACACGGGGAAGCCCGUUUCAAGGCAGAGAUAUGGAGUCAUCACGUGUUGCGGUAGAAAGGCCAGGAGAAGCUUAAGAUUAGAGAAGAACUAUUACGAGCUGCUCGGGGUUUCGGCGGAUUCGAGUUCGCGAGAGGUCAGAGAGGCUUACAGGAAGCUGCAAAAGAAGCAUCAUCCCGAUGUCGCUGGCCAGCAGGGUCAUGAGUAUACUCUGCUGCUGAAUGAGGCUUACAGGGUGCUGAUGAGAGAUGACCUGAGGAGAGACUAUGAUGCCUCCACUGGUCGAGUGGGGACAAGAUUCAGAAGAGGCUGUUCUGAUAUUGGUUAUAGCUCGUGGAAAGGGCCUGUUAGAUCACAUGCUCUGUUUGUAGAUGCAAAUGCCUGCAUAGGGUGCAGAGAAUGCGUGCAUCACGCAAGCAACACUUUCGUCAUGGACGACGAACUCGGGUGUGCUAGAGUGAAAGUCCAGUAUGGGGAUGAUGAGCAAAAGCUGGAGGUGUCGGCAGAGUCAUGCCCGGUGAACUGCAUACACUGGGUGGAGAGGGAAGAACUGGGACUGCUCGAGUUUCUGACGCAACCUCAGCCCAAGGAUGGUUAUGGCGUGUUUGGAGGCGGCUGGGAAAGACCUUCGAAUGUUUUCAUGGCAGCUAAGACCCUCUCCAAGCAACUCAAAGAACAGCCUGCGACCACUACAGCAGCAACUGAAGAAGAAACACCCGCUCAAGCAAAGGCACGGGCAGAUGCGAGUAUGAAGAUUAAAAUGGAGAAGUUCUCGAGAUUCUGGAAACUCGCCGAACUUUUCGGCUUAAACACGUGGAACAAGAAGUGAAUAAGCAGAUCAAGGAUAUCAUUGAGGUCUCUUUAGGAAACUCAAAAAGUUGCCCAGCAAUACAAUAGGUGAGAAAUUUGGCUAAAAGUAAUACCACAGGUGAUAAACAGUGCAAGCAUUCUAUUGCAAGGAGAGGCUUCUCCAGUUCGUAUGUGUACAUUGCUACGUGACUUGUAACAGCAUCACGCAUCAAACUGUCAUAAACAGUGAGUUGUGGUGCUUUCCCGUCUUUAUCCGGUCCGACAGUUGUAGCAAUUUUAUUGCUUGUUGAUACA